GACGAACACCGAGAAGUGUCCACCGCGCAGCUCCAGCCGCAGACCCGAGAGGCAGCUGGCGCUCCCGCCAGUCCCACGAGGGACCAGGACCUGCAGCCGCGGUCCCAAACCAGAGCACUAGUUCCCAGCCUCAGACCUCGGGGGCGUGGCUCGCGCGGAGGUCCAUCCAUCCCGUCGGCGGAGGCUGUCCAGGGGCGGAGUCAGCGCUCCCUCGUCCGGAACCCUACAGCUCCGCCCCAUCGCGGCCCCUUGGGGAGCCGGAGAGGCCAGGGCGGAGAAGGAGCGAGGGCCUGGUCCGAGGAGCCCCGCCUGGGGGCCAUGGGGGGACAGGUGAGGCUACCGCCUGGAGAGCCCUGCCAAGAAGGCUACCUACUGUCUCUGCUCUGCCCGAACUCCUCCCAGGCCUGGUGUGAGAUCACAAACGUGUCACAGCCCCUGGCUUUUCCUGUCCUCUACAGGGACCUGAAUUCCAGCGUAAGCAACUGGAGCGUUUCUGCAAAAGUCGAAAACAAAUACAGUCUGUAUGUGGGCCUGUUGCUGGCAGUCAGUUCCAGUAUUUUUAUUGGCUCCAGCUUCAUAUUGAAAAAGAAGGGCCUCUUGCAACUGGCCAAGAAGGGCGUUACCAGAGCUGGACAAGGUGGACAUUCUUACCUCAAGGAAUGGCUCUGGUGGGCAGGAUUACUCUCAACUGGAUCUGUCAGUAUCUUUGGGAUAGAAGUCCACCACUUUGCAUGUGCUACUGCUUUUUCUCUUCUGACAAGUCAGUCCAUCUCUCAUACGACCACUGCGGCUUGCUUUCCAGUGGGAGCCGGAGAAGCGGCCAAUUUUGCAGCUUAUGCUUUUGCACCUGCCACCUUGGUCACCCCACUGGGUGCUCUGAGUGUUCUCAUAAGUGCAAUAUUGUCUUCCUACUUUCUAAAUGAGCACUUGAACAUUCAUGGGAAAAUAGGCUGCAUAUUAAGUAUAUUGGGGUCAACUAUGAUGGUUAUCCAUGCCCCACAAGAAGAGGAAGUCACCUCUUUGCAUGAAAUGGAAAUGAAAUUGAGAGACCCAGGGUUUAUCUCCUUUGCUGUGAUCAUAAUUGUGAUCUCAUUGGUGCUGAUUUUGAUCGUGGCUCCCAAGAAGGGACAGACCAAUAUAUUGGUCUACAUUUCAAUCUGUUCAUUAAUUGGAGCAUUUUCAGUUUCUUCUGUCAAGGGCCUGGGAAUUGCCAUUAAGGAACUAUUGGAAUGGAAACCAGUUUACAAGCAUCCCCUGGUCUUCGUUUUGCUGGCUGUACUCGUGCUCUCAGUGACGACACAGAUUAACUAUCUCAACAAGGCACUGGACACCUUUAAUACAUCUCUUGUGACUCCCAUUUAUUAUGUGCUCUUCACGUCCAUGGUAGUAACUUGCUCCGCCAUCUUAUUCCAAGAAUGGUAUGGCAUGAAAGCUGGAGAUAUCAUCGGGACCCUGAGUGGGUUCUUCACCGUUAUCAAUGGCAUCUUCCUUCUACAUGCAUUUAAGCAUACUGACAUUACCUGGAGUGACCUGACAUCCACUACUCAGAAAGAAGUCCUCUCUCUGAAUGGUGGUGAAAACAAAUAUGUCUUACUAGAGAAUACAGAAUGUUCAACCCCAGGACUCAGUGAUGACAUUACCUUGUUUAGCAGGACUGAUGAUCAAAGUCUCUAGAAACCCUGAACUUAAAUCACAUAAGACACUUGGAAAGGGUAAGAAAGGUCUGAUUUUUUUUGAAGAACUUUUGGGGGAAAAAAAAGGGCUUUCCUUUUGGGCCAUCAAAUUUGAAAAUCAAGGUUUGGAUCCUCCUCCAGAAGACUUCUACUGUUUGUCAUUUCUACAAACUUGAAAUAUUCUCUAAGCACAAAAGAAGUCAAAGAGUUAUAGGAGUCUCCGAGUAAUAUCUUCUGGUCACAAUGUAUUUGUCUCUGCCAAGUGGCUCUUCAUUUCUUUGGCUGCUAUUCUUAGUAAUUCAUAGAUAAACUUAACUAUGUGCUGAUAAGCAAUCAUCAUUCUCUGAUGAGUCAUAGUUUCAAAUUAUUAAACCUGAGAAGUGAGAUUACUGGUGCUUUCCCCCCACCCUCUAUAACUUCCUUCUUUCUAAACUAGAUAGCUAAAGAGUGGAGUGUUAAAGAAAAAAUAGGCCUGCCUUGGAAAUUUGCUCCUUGGUGGGCUAGAAUGCAUAAGACACACAGCCCAUGAAGGGCUUAUGGAUUGUAAUUUAUUGCCAUAUCAGAAAAAUGUAUUAACAAUUCAAAAGGGGAGAAUGGAGAAAGGAGAGAAAUACUUAAAUGAAAUACAGUGUUUUUUUCUUUUCACACACACACACACACACACACACAAAUACAAAUGAUUACAUUCAAGCCUUCUUUUAACUCAAACCUGAAAAAUGUAAGACAGACUUGAGUUUCUGGAGAAGUCCAAGUGAUUUCAGCUUUAGAGUUCCUUAUACUCACUUUGUCCCUUUCUCUGUUAUCCCAAAGGUCAUUUUUCCUGUUGACAGACUUUUGUAACAAAAGUAACUGGUACAUUACUUUAGGAUUAUAUGGUACACCUCAAUUUUUCUCAAAUAUCUAAUCCCCAAAGGGUAAGUUUUCCAGACUGUUUGGAAAUAAUUAGAAAAAUCUUUGCAAAAUCCUGAAUGAGUUACCAUAAUUGUUCUCUUGAAAUUUGGUACUUCCACCAUUAUUAAGGAAAUUAUAGUUAUUCACUAACCUUUUUUAAAAAUAUACAUAUCCUACCACAAUAAGUAGUAGGUUUUUCUUUUUCUGUUGAAUUUCAUCCUGACCAUAUUUUCCAUACAUUUUACUGAGAAGUGUUUUGGGGGAAUAGGAAGGGGAGUGAACUUCCCAGAAAACAAAAUAUUGAAAGCUCGGGGACUACUACAGGAAAAUACCUUUUGCAUAUUAUGACCUCUAUACAAUUUUCCUGUCUCCAAGCGCACAGCAGGAAUAACAUUUUUGGUGGGCUUUCGUGUUUAUGGACAGAUCUCACUGAUUUCAUGAGAAAGAAAUUACCUAUUUCCAGACUAAACUUAUUUCUGUCAAAACAAAAGUCCUAACCAAAAAGUUAUGACAUUAAGACAAAACAAAACAAAACAACCUUCCAGUUGAUUCGAUUUUUUUCUGUUCCAACAUCAGAUGUUAUUAGUUUUGUUUGUUUGUAAUCAAGCUCAAGUCUGUCCUGGGUAGUAAUAGUAAAUUCUCUUACCAAGAAUUCUAUUCAACUGACUUUAGCAUUUCCCAGUUCUGUGGAGCUCUGACUGAUGUUCCCAGGGAAGUCCUGAGGUGACCAUGAUGUUGGAAAGGGCUGUCAACGUCUCUUCAGCACAGGUCAGUGUUGAGUGCAUCUCAGUGCGUUCCUAUUUUUGAAAAUUGAUAAUCCAUGGAAGAUACAUGGGUUGAUACCUCAGGUCAAGUACGUGUUUACUCUGUUGAUUGCUGUUUCACUUUAAUUGUAUAUCAGAUGUAUAAGCUAUGAACACAAGUUUGUAGGAGAAGUAUUUUCUGAAAAGGUAGCGUUAAAAAUGGUUGAAAUUCUUUUAAAGGUUUUCUUUCCUAUCGAAAAACUCUACUGAUUUCUCCAGGACACGUUCUUAGUGAGGAAAUUAAGGGCAUCCAGCCUGAGGCGGUGGUGGUUCUCCACUCUAGUGAGAGUCAGUGUCAGGUAUUUCUUAAAUGUCACCUGUUACAAAGCUUUGCCCUUGGUAUAUUGCGCCCAGGCUAAAGGUUCAAGGAACACAAGAACUCAUGGGCGUCCUGGAUUGGAAAAUGAACUGGUGUUGACAUACAUGCCUAGGAGAAAGGCUGAGAAAGAUUUAACAAGUUGAAACAUGUUGGAGAAACAAUGAAAUAUUUUUAAAACUCUAAAAAUCCCUGGUGGGGGGCGCCUGGGUGGCUCAGUUGAUUAAGCGACUGCCUUCGGCUCAGGUCAUGAUCCUGGAGUCCCGGGAUCGAGUCCCGCAUCGGGCUCCCUGCUCAGCAGGGAGUCUGCUUCUCCCUCUGACCCUCCUCCCUCUCAUGCUCUCUGUCUCUCAUUCUCUCUCGCAAAUAAAUAAAAUCUUACUAAAAAAAAAAAAUCCCUGGUGGGUAUAUGCAUUGAAAAACCAAAAUGUUAUUGUAAACCUAAAACUAAUAAUAAUUUUUCCCAAAUAGGAAGAUACUGUCUAAGAAGGAAUAAAAUGCUGGAUCCCUGUAUUCAGACUAACUAUGUUAGUCUUAACUGGUAGUUUCAUAUAGGUAUAUAUUUUAACAUAUAUCUUUAUCUCACCUACUUAUCUUAAGAUUUAUUAUGUGGAUGUCUGCACAUGGGUCAUGAGGGAUUACAAAGCUGUCUUCACACAGCCAGAUUGAAAGUUUUCCCAAAUUCUGUAAAUAUAAGAGUUUCAUCUUAUUUUUUGACAUAAUUUUAUUGUAGGUCAAUGGUUAAGAACUUUAUUUUUAGGUGCACCUGGGUGGCUCAGAUGGUUAAGUGUCUGCCUUCGGCUCGGGGUGUGAUCCCAGGGUCCUGGGAUCGAGCUCCACAUCGGGCUCCUGGCUCAGUGGGGAGCCUGCUUCUCCCUCUCUCUCUGCCUCUCUCCCUGCUCAUGCUCUCUAUCUCUCUCUCUCUCUCUCUCUGUGUCUCAAAUGAAUAAAUAAAACCUUAAAAAAAAAAACUUUAUUUUUAGUUCAGAUUGCAGAGAGUAUUCAUAAAACUCUUUAGAUUUAGCAGCAUGAAAUUAACACCUUUGUUUUAAGGGCACUAAAUGAAAUACAUGGAAAGCACCCCACAUCAGGCCUGAUGUAUGAGUCAUUUGAUAGAAUUUAGUUCUCUUUGAAUCGACAUUUUGAUUCUUACUGUCUUAUUACUAGAUAGUUAAGGACAAUUAGUUGCCAAUUUUCAUACAUUCUUCAUCUUAAGUUGUGUCACAUUAGCUUGUUUUAAAUAAUCCAAGUGAAAAUGAAUUCCAUCAUUAUAACUAUCUCAACACCAAAAUGAGUCCAACAAAAAUAUUUUUUCUUAAAGCCCAUAAAACUGAACUAAAUGCAAUCUUCACAUUCUAACAAAACUUUGUGGAAAAGUAAUUUGUAUGAAUAUAUAUGAAAUGUUCCCAAAUAUUUGGAAUAAACUCUAUAGUCGUGAAAUUUUCUAUUUUUCAAAUGUUUAUACGUACUGUUCAUUUUAGAAAGUUUAUGAAUUUUAAAUUAAUGUUUCUGUAUAUUUUUCAUUUGCAAUAAAAUGUGGUUUGGU